GAUUGUUUUUCCCGUAUCGUCGUCGAGCGUCGUAGGGUGGCUGCUGACAGAGUCGCCAGCGUAUGGUAAGCGGGCCGUCGAGCCUCCUCCGCCGGGGACAGCGUGUCGCUGAGGGGCGCGGCGGGAUCACCAUGAGCAGCAGCAGCGAGACGGGCCACAGCAGGGCGAGCCGGAGAUGAAGGGAUGGCUGGCCAAGUGGACCAACUACCUGAAGGGCUACCAGAAGCGAUGGUUCGUCCUCUCCAACGGGCUGCUCUCGUACUACAGGAACCAGGCGGAGAUGGCGCACACGUGUCGCGGCACCAAGCUGGUGAGCGCGGUGAUCCACACCGAGGACUCCUGCAACUUCGUUAUCUCCAACGGAGGCACGCAGACCUUCCACCUGAAGGCGAGCAACGAGAUCGAGCGACAGAAAUGGGUCACCGCGCUGGAGCUGGCCAAGGCUCGUGCCGUGCGCAUGAUGGAGUCCGAGGAAGACGAAGAGCUGGACAUGCCAUCGCAGCUGGAUAAAUGUGAGCUGCUGAUGCUGAGGCUUCUGCAUGUCAAGCUCGAGGACCUGUCCAUGUGCAGCGAGCUCAUUGGGAAGCACGGAGCGGCAUUGCAGCGCUCACUGUCCGACUUGGAACAGCUCGAUGCAGCAGCCGCGGGUGGAGGGCCAGAGCUAGCAGCACGUGUGCGUGCUGUGAAUGAGCGCGCUACACUCUUCCGCAUCACCUCCACUGCAAUGAUGAAUGCAUGCAACGAGUAUGUCCAGCUGGCACAGAGCCAGGGCCGCAAGUGGGUGCGUAUGCUGCAACACGAGCACGAGCAGUGCCUCCGCCUCCAGGAGAUGGUCGAGCAGCUUGCCAAGCAGCAUUCGUCACUCGAGCGUGCAGCGCAGGAGGCCAGUGCACCUUCCUCAGGUGGGGGGGCAGCCACUCACUCGGACGACGAAGAGUUCUUCGAUGCGCCUGAGCACUCGCCCACAGGUGCCACGGGUCUCGAGCACCGUUUUCUCGUUUCGAUGCCGUCGAGUGAGUCGGCAUCGCGAAUGAAACAUCGCCGCUCGGCCAGUGGACUGAGCGGCCUUUCCGACUCUCGAAACUCUGACUCUGACUCGGAGCUGGAGCCCCUGUCGUCCCCGCCGCCCCUGCCAGCCGUAUCGUCAUCUGGUGGCGGUAGUGACCCGCCACCGGUUGUCGAUCCACCAUAUUCUGAAGGCAAUGGCAUGGCUGUACUGCCCUCUGCCGAGGGUGGUGGCAGUGUCCGGAAACGACGCACUCGCAUUCCAGAAAAGCCAUCGUGCAGCCUUUCACUCUGGUCCAUCAUGAAGAACUGCAUCGGCAAGGAGCUCACCAAGAUCCCAAUGCCUGUGAACUUCAACGAGCCACUGUCAACACUACAACGGCUAACAGAGGACUACGAGUAUUCAGAGCUGCUGGACCGAGCCGCACAGUGUGACGAUCCUGCCUUGCAGCUAGUGUACAUAGCAGCCUUUGCAGUGUCGUCAUACGCGACCACGUCCAAUCGAACUGGCAAGCCCUUCAAUCCACUCCUCGGGGAGACCUACGAGUGUGAUCGCCGUGAUGACCUUGGCUGGCGGGCCAUCUCUGAACAGGUGAGCCACCAUCCACCAAUGCUGGCUCAGCACUGUGAGGGUCGUGGCUGGCGAUGCUGGCAAGAAUUCUCCAUGUCGAGCAAGUUCCGUGGCAAGUACCUGCAGGUGGUGCCACUGGGAGUGGUGCACCUGGAGCUCGUGCGGGGGGGCCACUUCACUUGGCACAAGGUGACCACCGUGGUGCACAACAUCAUAGUGGGCAAGCUCUGGGUGGACCACCAGGGGGACAUGGAGAUUCGCAACCACCAGCAGGGCCACGUGGCCCGGCUCAAGUUCCAGCCGUACUCGUACUUCUCCCGCGAGCCCCCCCGGCGUGUGACGGGUUUUGUGUCGGACCCGGACGGCAACCCAAUCUGGGUGCUGCAGGGCACCUGGGACAGCCAGAUGGAGUACGCACGCGUCAUCUCCACCACUGGCAGCCAGGGAAGCCGGCCCGUGAUCGAGUCGGCCAGCCCACGGCUGGUGUGGAAGCGCCGCCUGCCUGGGGAGGAGUAUGAGCGUAUGUACAACUUCACGGUGCUAGCCUGCCAGUUGAAUGAGCCUGAUGACAGUGUGGCGCCCACUGACAGCCGACGGCGGCCUGACCAGCGCCUCAUGGAGGAAGGAAAUUGGGAUGAGGCUAACCAGGUGAAGCUACAGUUAGAGGAGAAGCAGCGUGCCACACGUCGACAGCGUGAGGCCGAGGCCGAGGCUGCUGCUGCCCAAGGUCGGCCGUAUGUUGGCCACGAGCCUGCCUGGUUCCGCAAGGAGACCGACCCAGUGACGGGCAACCCGAUCCACGUCUACCAGAACGAGUACUGGGGCUGCAAGGAGCAGGCCAAGUGGGAUCGCUGCCCCUCCAUCUAUCUAUAAUGAGCGGCCUUCCCCGACUCCCGUGACCGGGGCUGGUGCAAGCGGGCAUGCCUCCAGCCAUUGCUGGUGCCCCUAUUGGACGAGAGCAAGUUUUGGCAGACAGUGCCGCUCGGGUGCAAGCAAGGCACCUUGACAAACUCCCACCCCAGUCAGACCACUGCAACUUGUUCACUUUGCGAGCAUUGUUUGUGAUUGUUCACGUGGAAGACCCCCGAGAAAGCCAAUUCCACGUGAGCAGACGUAUAAUGAGGCCAAGAUUUGGCAGCCCACAGUCUUUUUCCUUGGUCGCCGAUGUUCACGUAGUAAGAUAAUCUUCUAUAUAGUGAUGCGAUACGAAUAUAUGCUUCAGCGUGGGAGUGAAGCGUAGACCGGAGGUGCUGACCUCGGAGUGACCGAUAUGUGCGGUCUACCUGCCUGCCAGGUGAGCCUGUGGAGCUGUGGUGGCUCUGUGAUGUGAACUACUGUUUCGAUGAGGUGUGUGCAAGUUGUGCGCAAGGGGCCCCUUCUUGUUGACAUGCUACCGCUUCCAUGCCUUUUUUUUUAAAUGUCGUUGUUGAAGAAGCGUACUGUAUACAUAUAUGCAUCAUGUAUGCAUACGUACAUAUACGAACUGCAACGCGCGCUUGGAGAAAUUGAAUGUUCUGUUUUUUAGGGAAUUAAAAUUCUUGGUUUUAUAG